AAAAAUAAGAAGCAAAAAAAUAAAAAUAAAAAUUAUACAACUGCCAUUCUUGCAGCUUCUCCCUCGUCCCCUUCCACGCAGGACAUCAAAUAAGAUAGGACAAAAGAGAGGGAGAGAGAGAGAGAGAGAGAAAGAAAAGAUUUCUUCUUCGAAGCAGUCGGAAAGCGAUCGGAGUUCCACGCUGACCGGGAGCAGGGUGAUGCCGCCUGUCCCUGCAUCCGAUCAUGCGUCUCCGAUUCGGGAAUCCAUCUCGGGGUCCAGAUUCACGAGCCUUCGAGGUGUCCGAUGGCGCAUCGAUCUCGGCAUCCUGCCCAAGUCUCCUGCUUCGAUCGAUGAUAUCCGGCGGGUCGCCGCAGAUUCUAGGAGAAGGUAUGCCCAUUUAAGGCGCCGGCUUAUAGUAGAUCCUCAUCUCUCCAAGGAUGAAAGCAAAUCACCUGAUCUUAUUGUGGACAAUCCAUUAUCACAAAGUCCAGAUAGCUUGUGGAGCCUCUAUUUUCGAAAUGCUGAACUGGAGAAGAUGCUUGAUCAAGAUUUGUCACGGUUGUAUCCUGACCAGGAAGGCUACUUCCAGACAGCUACAUGUCAGGCCAUGUUGAGACAAAUACUCCUAUUGUGGUGUCUUAUUCAUCCAGAGUGUGGAUAUAGACAAGGAAUGCAUGAACUACUGGCUCCACUUUUGUAUGUACUUCAUAUUGAUCUGCAGUACCUUUCCCAAGUACGGGACGAAUAUGAAGACUACUUCAGUGAUGAAUUUCAUGGGGUAUCCCUCCCUGAAAUCGAAUUAAGUUCUGCCUACAGAUUUGAAAAGAUCAUGAAUAUGAAUACAGCAGCAACUGAAAAAGAUGGUAGUGUCCAGGAGAAGAGUGCCAAAGUAAGAAGUCUAGAUGAGCUUGAUCCUGAAACAAAGGACAUAUUCUUGAUGAGUGAUGCUUAUGGAGUAGAGGGCGAAUUAGGUGUUGUUUUAUCUGAAAAAUUCAUGGAACAUGAUGCCUACUGCAUGUUUGAUUAUUUAAUGAAUGAUGCAAAUAGUGUGGUUGUCAUGGCAGAGCUCUUCUCUCCAUCUCCUUCCAUAGGGUCCAGUACUGGAUUACCACCUAUAAUAGAAGCAUCUUCUGCAAUGUAUCAAUUGCUCUCCAUCACUGACUCAUCUCUUCAUAGCCAUCUUGUUGAGCUUGGGGUAGAGCCCCAAUACUUCGCAUUACGAUGGCUGCGUCUUUUAUUUGGACGUGAAUUUUCUCUUGAGGAUCUUUUGGUUGUUUGGGAUGAAAUAUUCUCUUUUCCUAACCUUAUAUCUUUUCCUGAUAAAGCAAAUGAGUCAGAACUUGGAUGCCGGAUAUUGUGCUCACCGAGGGGAGCCUUCAUCUUGGCAAUGGCAGUUUCCAUGCUACUUCAGCUAAGAUCUUCAAUACUAGCCACUGAGUAUGCGACUGCUUGUCUCCAACGGUUGUUAAAUUUACCUGAAGAUAUUAGUGUGAAGAAGUUAAUUGAGAAGGCAAAGUCAUUGCAAUCUCUUGCACUUGAUACAGUUUUCUCUUGUUCAUCCCAAGGAGGAAUCCCAGGGCAUCAAUGUGGAGGUAGAAGAGGUCAGAGUCUUUCAUAUGGUUCUAGUCCUGUUACUCCAAACCUAUUAUCAGAUAGCUACUGGGAAGAGAAAUGGAGGUUGAUGCAUGCAGCAGAGGAACUUGACAAGGAAAAUUGUGGCGAUACAGUUUCAAGCGAUAUGGCUGACGGGCCACUAAUAGAAAGAUUCAAUUUACCUAGGACAGCUUAUGAUCCUUGCCCCACAGAUUUUCAGAGUGAGAAUAAAAAUGUUGGGCCUUCUGAUACAAGUACCGGUGUUGAUAGAAACCAUGGUAUCUAUAGAUCCGAUAAAGUUCCACGCAUCUCAGCUACUGAAGAAUCUCUGUGCUUGGAGAUAGAAGCAGAAACAGAUUAUGUUGAGGAACAUAUUGAUCAAGAUGUCAUAGUUAAGGGAUUGGAUGUCGCGGAAGAAUCACGCUUCAAUGCAGAUAACUCCUUGUCCACAGCCACCAGUCCCCAUAGAAUGGUUAAUGACCAUGAGUAUGACUCAGAGGAUAGCAGUAUCACUUCAAGUUCACUGAUCGGCAGAACCUGUGAUGAGACCAAUUCUGCGGAGAAGCCAUGUAAUACCAGCAUUGACAAGGAAGAGAAUUCUAUUAGUAGCAGCAGGAGUGGACAAGGACCUUAUAGUGUAGAAAAACAAGCAGCAGGUCUCAAAAAGUGGAAACCACUUUCUGGCAGAUUUCAGUGGCUUCGGAGGUUUAAUAGAGGCUAUGCUGAAGGGAACAUGGGGAACAGAAUAGCUGUUGAACCACAAAAAUCCCACAUUGUUGCAGAUAACUGUGGAAAUAUUUCUAGUGCUCCAGCUUCUGAUCCAUGCCACAAUUCUUUUGAAGUUUCCAGGAAUAUAGAAGAUGAAGACAAAAAUGUUAUUGGGACUUCAGGAGAUCCAUGUCACAGUUCCUUUGAAGCUCGUAGGGAGAUAGAAGAUGAAGACAAAAAUGUUGCUGGGAAUUUAAGAGGUAUUGCAAAGGCCAUGCUUGAAAACAUUCAGGUCAUCGAGUCAAUCUUCAAGCAAGAUCAAGGCCUUGAUGGCUCCAAGGACAGCAAGUCGACCACAAUUAGCGGAGACGGGCAAGUUGCAGCAAUGGCUGCUCUUGAAGAGCUUCGUAAUAUUAGCAACUUCCUAUCUGGAUGUGAUGAUUAAUAAUUAUGGUUCAAAGACAUGUCUUUUCUUUGUUAUUAUUGUUUUCUUGAGUGUCUUAAAAUGAUAUGUGAUCUGUCAAACCUAUUGUGCAGAUGUGUCUUGGAAGCCACCUCAUAUAUAUACAUAUACCCAUAUCUUUUUCUUCUUUUCCAAAGUGAAUAAUUGAAAUUCAAAUAUUGUCUUUC